GGCCGGGCCCUGCUCAUGCGCCAGGAAUGCGGCGCAGCCCGCGCCAGUUUCCAGCCGCGGGUCCCCUGCCCUGCUGGAGCGGCGCCGCGCAUAUAUCAUCCCGUGGCAGCCGGCCACCUGCCCCGCCGUUUCGUAACCGCUUACGAGAGGCAGCGCAGCGCCGGGAACAGCCCUCUCUUAAGGAGCGGAGCUGGGAGAGGCUCUUCCCACUCGGAGCAGGCGGCUCUGCUCAGACGGACCCGAUCUCCAGGACCCCGGUGCCCGCUCCUCCCCCGGAGCCCGGCCUCUCCCCGCCUCCAGGUGCAGGAGAAGCGGCCCCGGCUGCCGCCCGGCCCCCGACGCUGUCCGCAGGCUCCUUCCUGCGCGCCGCUCCGCCGGGGCAGGCAUGAAGACCAGGCUGCCCGCAGCGAUCGCCGCCGCCUGCGCGGCCCUGCUCCUCGCCUGCGCGCAGGCGGAAGUUAAUCCACCGUCAGACUUGAAUUUUACAAUUAUAGAUGAACAUAAUGUUCACAUGUCAUGGAAAAGACCAUAUGGUGCAAUAGAGGGUUACAGGAUAACAGUUGUCCAUCCAGUUGAUGGACCUAUCAAAGAAUUUGCCCUUUCACCUAGUACUACCCACACUAUAUUAUCUGACCUUACACCUGAUAUAGAAUAUGUUGUGUCAAUAUUUGCAUAUGAUGACAGAGAGGAGAGUAUACCUGUUUCUGGCCAACUUACAAUUCAGACAGGUGGUCCAGUAAGAAAAGAGGACAAAAAGAUCAAUGAGAUUCAGUUACAAAGAUGUUCCAUCAGUGCAACGACAGAUUUAGUUUUUCUUGUUGAUGGCUCUUGGAGUGUGGGGAGAAAUAACUUUAGAUAUAUUUUGGACUUCAUGGUUGCCCUUGUAUCAGCUUUUGACAUUGGGGAAGAAAAGACAAGAGUUGGAGUUGUUCAGUACAGUUCUGAUACAAGAACAGAGUUCAACUUAAAUCAGUAUUUCAGAAGAAGAGAUCUUAUUGAGGCAAUUAAAAGAAUACCCUACAAAGGUGGCAACACAAUGACAGGUGAAGCCAUUGAUUAUCUGGUUAAAAAUACAUUCACUGAAACUGCUGGAGCAAGGAAAGGUUUUCCUAAAGUAGCAAUUGUUAUUACGGAUGGAAAAUCUCAAGAUGAAGUUGAAAUUCCUGCAAGAGAGCUUCGCAACAUAGGAGUUGAAGUUUUCUCCUUAGGAAUCAAAGCAGCAGAUGCAAGAGAACUGAAACUAAUAGCAUCUCCACCUUCAUUGAAGCAUGUUUUUAAUGUGCCUAAUUUUGAUGGAAUUGUGGAUAUACAGAAUGAAAUAAUUUUGCAAGUAUGCUCAGGUGUUGAUGAACAACUGGGUGAAUUGGUUAGUGGAGAAGAAGUGGUAGAGUCUCCUUCAAACCUAGCGACAACCCAGAUCUCAUCAAAAUCUAUUAGGAUUACGUGGGAGCCAUCCACUGGCCAAAUAACGGGCUACAGAGUGCAAUUCAUUCCCAUGAUAGCUGGUGGGAAACAACAUAUAUUGAGUGUGGGUCCUCAAACUACUGCUUUGAAUGUAAAAGAUCUUUCACCAGACACAGAAUACCAGAUUAAUGUGUAUGCAAUGAGAGGACUGACAGCCAGUGAGCCAAUUACAAUAAUGGAAAAAACACAACCAAUAAAAGUUCAAGUGGAAUGCUCACGUGGUGUGGAUGUAAAAGCUGAUGUUGUGCUUUUAGUGGAUGGCUCCUACAGCAUUGGCAUCGCCAAUUUUGUUAAAGUAAGAGCCUUUUUGGAAGUGUUAGUUAAAAGCUUUGAGAUUUCACCUCAAAAAGUACAGAUAAGUCUUGUCCAGUACAGCAGGGAUCCCUAUACGGAGUUUUCUUUGAACAGAUACAACCGAGUUGAAGAUAUAAUAAAGGCUAUUAACACCUUCCCCUACAGAGGUGGAUCUACAAACACAGGCAAAGCGAUGACCUAUGUGAGGGAGAAAGUAUUUGUUACCAGCAGAGGAUCAAGACCAAAUGUACCAAGGGUCAUGAUUCUUAUUACUGAUGGAAAAUCAUCAGAUGCCUUUAAAGAGCCAGCCAUAAAAUUGAGGGAGACAGACGUAGAAAUAUUUGCAGUUGGUGUUAAGGAUGCAGUACGUUCAGAAUUGGAAGCAAUUGCCUCACCGCCAGCUGAAACCCACGUGUACACAGUGGAAGAUUUUGAUGCUUUCCAGAGAAUAUCUUUUGAACUUACCCAGUCUGUCUGCCUACGAAUUGAGCAGGAACUGGCUGCUAUACGGAAAAAAUCUUAUCUCCCUGCAAGGAAUUUGGUUUUCUCUGAUGUGACAUCUAACAGUUUCAAAGUGGGCUGGUCUCCAGCUGGCUCUGAGGUUUUGUCCUAUCUAGUUAAAUACAAGGUGGCUGUUGGUGGAGAGGAUUUCAUUAUUUCAGUACCAGCAUCUAGUACUAGCUCAGUUCUCACAAAUUUACUGCCUGAAACUACAUAUGCAGUCAGUGUGAUUUCAGAAUAUGAAGACGGUGAUGGUCCUUCCUUGGAUGGGGAAGAAACAACCUUAGAAGUUAAAGGGGCUCCUCGAAACUUAAGGAUAACAGAUGAAACUACUGAUAGUUUUAAAGUUGGUUGGACGCCAGCUCCAGGGAAUGUGCUAAGGUAUAGGCUUGUAUAUAGGCCAGCUACAGGAGGAGAAAGGAAACAAAUAACCAUCUCAGCAAAUGAAAGAUCUACAACUUUACAGAACUUGCUUCCAGAUACAAGAUAUGAUGUCUCUCUUAUUCCUGAGUAUCAGUCUGGGCCUGGCAAUUCAUUGAAUGGAUAUGGAAAAACUGAAGAAGUACGAGGAAAUCCAAGAGAUCUGAGAGUUUCUGAUCCUACAACAUCCACACUAAAGUUAUCUUGGACUGCAGCCCCUGGCAAAGUGCAACGGUAUCUUGUCACAUACACUCCGGUGGCAGGAGGUGAAACCAAAGAGGUGACCACAAGGGGUGACACCACCAAUACCGUGCUGAGAGGGUUAGAUGAAGGCACUCGGUAUGCAGUGUCUGUGUCUGCCUUGUAUGCCUCGGGAGCAGGGGAGGCCAUUCAUGCAGAAGGAGAAACACAUGAAGAACGUGGUUCAGCUCGUGAUUUGGUGGUUAAAGAUGUAACUGAUACUACAGCUGGACUUUCAUGGACAGCAGCUCCAGGAGCUGUUUAUGAUUAUAGGAUAGUAUGGAAAUCACUUUAUGAUGAUACAAUUGGAGAGAAAAGAGUUCCUGGAAAUAUACUGGAUACCGUGUUGGAAGGCUUGGAACCAGAAACUAAAUACAGGAUUUCAGUCUUUGCUUCCUACAGCAGUGGAGAAGGAGCACCUCUAGAAGGAGAGGCUUUUACUGAUGUGUCACCAAAUGCCAGGACUGUGACAGUAGAUGAAGAGACAGAGACUACAAUGAGAGUUAAAUGGCAGCCUGCACCUGGGAAUGUUUUGAGCUAUCGUGUGUUAUACCGACCACGUAGUGGAGGAAAGCAGAUGCUUGUAAAGGUGUCACCUCCAUCUACUAGCAAAGUGUUAAAACGACUUAAGCCACAGACCAUGUAUGACAUUGCUGUUGUUCCUGUAUAUGAUUUUGGAGAAGGAAAAUCAAGAAAAGGAAAAGGAACAACAGCCUCUCCAUUUAAGCCACCCAGAAAUCUGAAAACUUCUGAUUCUACUAUGUCCAGCUUCAGAGUAUCAUGGGAGCCAGCCCCUGGGGAAGUCAAAGGAUAUAAAGUAACUUUUCAUCCUACAGGAGAAGAUAGGCGCCUUGGAGAAUUAGUAGUGGGGCCAUAUGACAACACGGUUGUAUUGGAGGAGCUUAGGGCAGGAACUACGUAUAAGGUAAAUGUUUUUGGAAUGUUUGAAGGAGGAGAAAGUACACCACUGGUUGGACAAGAAAUGACCACCCUUUCAGAUACUACUGUGACACCAAUUUUAACCACAGGCUUGGAGUGUAAAACCAGAGCAGAAGCUGAUAUUGUGCUGCUGGUGGAUGGCUCAUGGAGCAUUGGGCGGCCAAAUUUUAAAACAAUCAGGAACUUCAUUGCUCGUAUUGUUGAAGUCUUUGAUAUCGGUCCAGACAAAGUACAAAUUGGUCUUGCGCAGUAUAGUGGAGAUCCCAGAACAGAAUGGCAACUCAAUUCUUAUAAAACCAAGCAGGCCUUAUUAGAAGCUGUGGCCAACUUACCAUACAAAGGCGGCAACACUCUAACAGGAAUGGCUUUGAAUUUCAUCCUGAAAAAUAACUUCAAACCAGAAGCUGGCUUGCGGCCUAGAGCUCGUAAAAUCGGGGUUCUCAUAACUGAUGGCAAAUCACAGGAUGAUGUGGUGGCCCCUUCCAAGAGACUCAGGGAUGAGGGAGUAGAACUUUAUGCGAUUGGUAUUAAAAAUGCAGAUGAAAAUGAGUUGAAACAGAUUGCAACAGAUCCGGAUGAGACCCAUGCUUACAAUGUUGCGGAUUUCACCUUCCUGGCUAACAUUGUCGAUGACUUAACUGUUAACCUGUGUAACAGUGUCAAAGGCCCAGGAGACUUGCCACCCCCUUCUAAUUUAGUUAUUUCUGAGGUGACACCUCGUUCAUUCAGAGUAAAAUGGACUCCACCUCCUGAGAGUGUGGAUAGAUACAGGAUUGAAUAUUAUUCUGUUCCUGGAGGCAGACCGCAGCAGUUUUAUGUAAGCCGAAUGGAAACAACUACUGUUUUGAAAGAUCUGCAACCUGAAACAGAAUAUGCUGUUAAUGUUUAUUCUGUGGUAGAAGAUGAAAGCAGUGAACCUCUGGCUGGCAGAGAAACAACUCUUGCAAUCCCUUCGAUCAGAAACCUGAAUGCUUAUGACAUUGGACCAACUUCCAUGCGAGUGAGAUGGGAACCUCUUGAUGGAGCCACGGGUUAUGUAUUAAUGUAUGAACCUGUUAAUGCCACCAUACCAGCUACAGAAAAAGAGAUGCGUGUUGGGCCAUCAGAGACUGACGUUCAGUUGGUAGACCUCAUCCCCAAUACAGAGUACACUUUAACUGUUUAUGCAGCAUUUGGUGAUCUCAACAGUGAUCCACUUACCUCUCAGGAAGUAACAUUACCUUUACCUGGAACAAGAAGUUUAAGAAUUCAAGAUAUCACUCACAGCAGCAUGAAUGUUUUGUGGGAUCCUGUCCCUGGCAAAGUCCGCAAAUACAUACUAAGAUACAAAAUAGCUGAUGAAGAUGAAAUUAAAGAGGUGGAAGUUGAUAGAUCAAAAACUAGCACAGUUCUUCCUGAUCUUGCCUCACAAACCUUGUAUAAUGUACAGCUGGUUGCUGUGUAUGAUGAAGGAGAAUCUCUACCAGUAGCUGCAGAAGCCACCACUAAUCCUGUUCCAGCACCAGUUAAUCUUAGAAUCACAGACGUAACAAAACGGAGUUUCAGAGGUACUUGGGAUCAUGGAGCUCCAGAUGUUUCUCUCUAUAGAAUAACCUGGGGACCCUAUGGUGGAACAGAAAAACAAGAGACCAUCCUAAACGGUGAUGAAAAUACUUUGGUUUUUGAAAAUCUGACCCCAGACACAUUAUAUGAUGUCUCAGUUACUGCCAUCUAUCCUGAUGAAUCAGAAAGUGAUGACCUUAUUGGCAGUGAGCGGACAUUACCCUUGGUACCUAUAACAACACAAGCACCAAAGAGUGGUCCACGAAACCUUCAAGUAUACAACGCCACUUCCAACAGUUUGACUGUCAAGUGGGAUCCAGCCAGCGGUCGUGUGCAGAGAUACAGGGUCCUUUACCAGCCUAUAUCUGGGGAUGGCAUUGAACAAUCGACUACAGUUGGAGGGAGGCAGAAUAGUGUAGUGUUACAGAAGCUGCAACCUGACACCCCAUAUACUAUUACAGUAUCAUCUAUGUAUGUGGAUGGUGAAGGAGGACGAAUGACUGGCAGGGGCAGGACCAAGCCUCUCAAUACAGUAAAGAACCUAAGAGUUUAUGAUCCAACUACCAGCACGCUGAAUGUUCGAUGGGAUCAUGCUGAAGGAAAUCCUCGCCAAUACAAAGUGUUUUAUGUACCCACAGAGGGUGGUUCAGAGGAAAUGACAACAGUACCAGGAAAUACAAACUAUAUUAUUCUGAGGAAUUUGCAGUCUGACACCCCUUACACCAUAACGGUGAUUCCAGUGUACACUGAAGGGGAUGGUGGACGUAUGACUGACACUGGGAAGACUUUGGAGCGAGGAACGCCAAGAAACAUUCAGGUUUAUAACCCUACGCCAAACACCCUGAAUGUCCGAUGGGAACCUGCACCAGGCCCAGUACAGCAAUAUAGAGUUGCCUACUCUCCGCUGGUUGGCCCAAGGCCAACAGAAUCUAUAGUGGUACCAGCAAAUACUCGUGAUGUUUUGUUGGAGCGCUUGAUUCCUGACACUCCUUACUCUGUGAAUGUUGUAGCUUUGUAUGCAGAUGGAGAAGCAAAUCCAAGCCUGGGGCAGGGGAGAACUUUACCUCGCAGUGGGCCAAGGAACUUGAGAGUUUAUGAUGCAACUACAAACAGCCUUUCUGUACAAUGGGAUCAUGCUGAUGGGCCAGUUCAGCAAUACAGAAUCAUUUAUUCACCCAUGGGGGGAGAUCCCAUAGAUGAAUAUACAACAGUACCUGGAAUAAGAAAUAAUGUGAUAUUACAACCUCUGCAAUCAGAUACACCGUAUAAAGUUACUGUUGUGGCCGUGUAUGAAGAUGGAGAUGGUGGACAACUGACUGGCAAUGGAAGAACUGUUGGGCUGCUUUCCCCUCAAAACAUGUAUAUUUCAGAUGAAUGGUAUACACGGUUCAGAGUUUCGUGGGACCCUUCACCAUCCCCCGUUCUUGGAUAUAAAAUUGUGUACAAACCUGUAGGUUCUGAUGAGCCAAUGGAAGUAUUUGUUGGUGAAGUGACUUCAUACACAUUACACAACCUAUCUCCAAGUACUAUCUAUGAUGUGAACGUUUAUGCCCAGUAUGAUUCUGGACUUAGUGCACCAUUGACAGAUCAAGGCGCUACAUUGUACUUGAAUGUCACUGAUGUAACAAGUUACCAGGUUGGAUGGGAUACUUUCUGUAUUCGAUGGGCAGCUCACCGGUCAGCAACUUCCUACAGACUAAAGCUAAUUCCAGCUGAUGGAUCCAGAGGUCAAGAAAUUACAGUACGGGGAUCAGAAACCACCCACUGUUUCACUGGCCUCUCACCUGACACAGAAUACAAUGCUACAGUCUUUGUGCAGACCCCUAACCUUGAAGGUCCUCCAGUCUCCCUGAAAGAGCGCACAUUUGUCAAACCUACAGAAGCACCAACCCUGCCACCUACUCCUCCUCCACCUCCCACAAUCCCUCCAGCUCGGGAUGUUUGCAAAGGUGCCAAAGCAGACAUAGUGUUCCUGACUGAUGCUUCCUGGAGUAUUGGUGAUGAUAAUUUCAACAAAGUAGUGAAAUUUGUUUUUGAUACAGUUGGAGCCUUUGACCUAAUCAACCCUGCUGGAAUUCAGGUUUCAUUUGUGCAGUACAGCGAUGAGGCCAAGUCUGAGUUUAAAUUGAAUACCUAUGAAGAUAAAGCACAGGCUCUAGGGGCCCUGCAGAAUAUUCGGUACAGAGGAGGAAAUACAAGAACAGGAAAAGCCCUGACAUUUAUUAAAGAAAAAGUCUUGACUUGGGAGAGUGGCAUGAGGAGGGGAGUUCCCAAGGUACUUGUUGUUGUAACAGAUGGUCGGUCACAGGACGAGGUGAGGAAAGCUGCAGCAGUCAUACAGCAUUCUGGUUUUAGUGUCUUUGUUGUUGGCGUGGCUGAUGUGGACUACAAUGAGCUAGCAAAAAUUGCUAGCAAACCCAGUGAACGUCAUGUAUUUAUUGUUGAUGACUUUGAUGAAUUUGAAAAGAUUCAAGAUAAUCUCCUCACCUUUGUCUGUGAGACUGCUACCUCAACUUGCCCUCUCAUUUACUUGGAGGGAUACACUUCACCUGGUUUCAAGAUGCUGGAAUCAUAUAACCUAACAGAGAAGCAUUUUGCUUCUGUACAAGGAGUAUCAUUGGAAACAGGAUCUUUCCCUAGCUAUGUGGCAUAUAGACUCCAUAAAAAUGCCUUUAUCACCCAGCCAGCACGGGAACUUCACCCAGAGGGAUUGCCACAGGCUUACACUAUCAUACUGUUAUUCCGUCUUCUUCCGGAAACCCCCAAUGAGCCAUUUGCAAUUUGGCAGAUUACAGACAGAGAUUACAAACCACAAGUUGGAGUGGUUCUUGAUCCUUCCAGCAAAGUACUGUCAUUCUUUAACAAGGAUGCAAGAGGAGAAGUUCAGACAGUAACUUUUGAUAAUGAUGAAGUAAAGAAAAUCUUUUAUGGAAGCUUCCACAAGGUUCACAUUGUUGUAACCUCAACAAGUGUUAAGAUUUACGUUGACUGCAGUGAAACAAUGGAGAGACCAAUCAAAGAAGCUGGAAAUAUCACAACUGAUGGCUAUGAAAUACUUGGUAAACUUCUGAAAGGUGAUCGGAAGACAGCAACAUUUGAAAUCCAGAAUUUUGACAUAGUAUGUAGUGCAGUUUGGACUAGCAGAGAUAAAUGUUGUGACCUGCCUGCUAUGAGGGAUGAAGCAAAAUGUCCAGCUUUUCCAAAUGCUUGCACUUGCACACAGGACAGCGUUGGACCCCAAGGACCUCCUGGACCUGCUGGUGGUCCAGGAGCUAAAGGUCCUAGAGGUGAAAGGGGUUUGAAUGGACCAACUGGACCAGUUGGUCCUCGUGGUGACAUAGGUCCACCAGGUCCUCAAGGUCCCCCAGGUCCGCAGGGUCCCAAUGGGCUUUCAAUUCCAGGAGAACCUGGUCGCCCAGGAAUGAAAGGUGAUGCUGGACAGCCAGGGUUAUCAGGCCGAUCGGGAACCCCGGGUUUACCCGGUCCACCUGGCCCAAUGGGACCUCCAGGUGAAAGGGGUUUCACAGGAAAAGAUGGUCCCACAGGACCCAGAGGCCCACCAGGACCAGGAGGUAACCCAGGCGUUCCAGGAGUAGCUGGUCCAAGUGGAAAACCAGGGAAACCAGGAGAUCGCGGGUCACCAGGGUCACCUGGGACAAAAGGAGAAAAAGGUGACAGAGGAGACAUUGCUUCUCAAAACAUGAUGCGAGCAGUUGCAAGACAAGUCUGUGAACAAUUGAUAAAUGGCCAAAUGAGCCGGUUCAAUCAGAUGCUUAAUCAAAUACCGAAUGACUACUACUCAAACCGCAACCAGCCUGGACCCCCAGGACCCCCAGGUCCAUCAGGACCUGCCGGAGCAAGAGGUGAACCUGGACCUGGAGGUAGACCAGGGUUCCCAGGACCACCUGGGAUGCAGGGACCAGCUGGUGAUAGAGGACUGCCAGGAGAGAAAGGUGAAAGAGGUAUUGGAUCUCCAGGACCACGAGGUUUACCUGGACCACCUGGUCCACAAGGAGAGUCUAGAACUGGUCCACCAGGUUCAACAGGCUCACGAGGACCACCUGGGCCACCAGGUCGCCCAGGGAAUGCGGGUAUUCGAGGUCCCCCCGGGCCACCUGGAUAUUGUGAUUCAUCCCAGUGUGCUAGCAUUGCUUACAAUGGUCAGGCAUUCCCAGAGCCGUACGUGCCCGAAAGUGGACCCUAUCAACCUGAAAGUGAACCCUUCAUAGUGCCAAUGGAGUCAGAAAGGAGAGAUGCUGAAUAUGAGGACUAUGGAGUUGAAAUGCGUUCACCAGGAUACCCUGAUCACAUGCGCUGGAAAAGAUCAUUGUCAAGAAAAGCAAAAGCAAAACCAUAAAAGAUUUUUUGCCUUGUUAUGGGUUUAUUUUGAUUGGGUUUUUUUGUUUUUGCUAUACUUGCAUAUGCAGAUACCUACAGAGUGGGUGUUAUCGUAUAUUCUCAAAUAGUCCUCCCCAGUAUUUUCAAAUCGGUAAUGCACUCACAUCCUGUAGGAGUAUCAUGCUUAUGUAGGAAUAGCAAUGUGUGUAACUAUACAGUUUAUUCUUGCUUGUAAAAUACCUUUGCUUACAGUAACUGCCUAAAGCUUAAUUGUGUGCUUUCAGUUAUCACAAUGCAGCAUUUCUUUAAAGACAAAACUCAAAAAUGAAAAAAUAUACCCACAGAGCUGCUGCAGAUUUUUUAGAGAGUAUCUGCUUUAGCUCUGCUGUGUUCUUUUUCAAGUGCCUGUUUGCAGUUCAGUCACAUCAAGCCUGCACUGUCAGGUUUUACAUCUUUUACAUCAUUGCCAAUUUGUUCUAGCCUUACUUAUACCUUACAGGGCAUAUACUGCUCUUAUACAUCUCCUUUAACAACCGCAAACCUUAAGUAAUGUAGCUGAAAACAGUGUAUCAACUGGAUACAGUUUUAUAAUGCCUUAAAUCUCCUUGUAGACACAUUAACAUUUAAGCCAAAUUGCAGUCAAUCCUGCAGAGAUGGAAUUGCAUGUUUGUGUUGUAUAUUUAGUAUGGAUUUUUUUCAGACUACAAUGUUUCUUAGUUAUCAAAAGCAGUUUGAAAUUGUUUGCAAGACUAUGGAUAUAGAAUUGCUGCUUUUAUAUUUUAACUGCAAAUUGUGAAUUUCACUGCCUUAUAUUAUUUAUUUCUGAAAUGAAAGAGGCAUUUUUCAAUAAAACUACUGAAAAUUAAUAA